UGUGACAGCCUGGCCGGAUACCUACCCAAUCCCGUGCGUAAAAGAUAUUUUGGAGAGAUAGCUGGAUAUCUAAAAGUAGCUUUAUAAAUGACCCGCAACAAAAACUGAUCGCGGGGGAAUCAAAGACAACUGAAGUGUAUAUCGGUACAAGAUCGAUGAUUUGUGACUCUUUCUUUUACGCCUGAAAACAAGAAGUUGUCUGCUGGAUCAGAAGCUCGCGCAGACCUGCUUGACCAACCUCGGACGACCCGGAGUCGCCAAAGCCACAGGUCAAAGAGUUAUUUCUCCUUUUUUCAAAAAAAUAGAUUCUAGCUAUGUGUGCAUUCAAUAGUUGGAGAUAAAACUGCAGCAAAAGGCUGGUGUGGUUGUUCGGGGGAGAGGGGGAGUUUUAGUGCGCGCCACACCGGACCACAGGAGGAGGAAAUCUGGGAGAAAGGGGGAAGAGAAGCGGCGCCUCCAAGGAUGACUUUAGGGACGGAUAUGUCCGACAGCUCUGCAUUGUCCGAAGAUGUGGACAUCGAUGUAGUCGGGGGUGACAUAUCCGUUGGAAAGGACGGAAAGUAUAUUCACCACGAGUUCAACUUGGACAAUGACUCCGACGACAAUUACUCCCAGAACGCAGCAGAGAGGAGUUCCUCUCCCGGGCUCAGCAGCUCCGACUGCCCGUCAGAGCAGAUGGGAUCCGGCACAGAGGCGGGGACCGUGAUUGGGGACAAACCCAGAAAAAGUGCACUUGUGAAGCCACCCUACUCUUACAUCGCCCUUAUCACCAUGGCGAUCCUGCAGAGCCCCAAGAAACGCCUCACUCUGAGUGAGAUCUGCGAAUUCAUCAGCAACAGAUUCCCUUACUACAGGGAGAAAUUCCCCGCGUGGCAAAACUCAAUUCGUCACAAUCUCUCCCUGAACGACUGCUUCGUGAAAAUCCCACGAGAGCCCGGCAACCCCGGCAAGGGCAACUACUGGACCCUCGACCCGGAUUCCGCAGACAUGUUCGACAACGGCAGCUUCUUGCGCAGGAGAAAGCGCUUCAAGAGGCACCAAGCGAACGAAAUCCUCAGGGACGCCGGUGGUUUCUUACCCGGGUUUGGAUACGGGCCGUAUGGAUACAACUAUGGACUUCAGCUGCAGAACUUUCACGCAGCUCACAACCCGUAUCACCCACACCACGCAGGUGGUGCAUUCCCGUUUUCUAACGCGCCCUGCACCUUGUCUUCGCCGGCCACGAUAUUCCCGGCGCCUCAUACGCUGCCUUCUCUUUUGGGCGCUGAUUUAAGAAAGCCCUUUUACCCGCAACUCAGCCCUUCUCUGCCGCCUCUCAAGACGGACUCCAGCGCCCCGAAUCGGCCUUCUUUCUCCAUUGACAAUAUCAUCGGUGCGGCCAACUCAGCCGCCUCCUCCUACAGCGCGCAGCCGGGCAGCCAGGCUCAGAUCCUGGCCAUGCUGACCCCAGCACUGGCCUCUGCUUCAGGUCAUUUGAACCUGUCACAGGACAGUGUAUUACACCCUGGGCCACAGACUGAGACUUUUCGCAGCAAAACCCCGAACAUGAACACUUGUCCUUUUUAAAAAAGAGAACACAAUUUAUUAAAAAAUAAAAAAGCCGGUUAUGGCGCUGUCGUAUGUAAAGCUAUAGGCUGAACACGCUCUCCCCGUUUGUUCACAAUGUCAGUGGAGAGAAAAGGUUUAUUUAUGGUUUGUAAAUAUGCGUAUAAUAUUGAGAAACAAAAUGACAAACUGCUCUUUUUUUCCCCUCGAACAAUGCUGGCCUGAAAUUUACCAUGUGGCCUUCAUUUGUCAGUGGAAAGAAAAUACAAAUGAUCCUGUUAUUUUAUAAGUUAAAUGUGUCACCCAUGGUUGUGGGAUGAUUUUUUUUUUUUUAAAUAUAGAUAUAAUUGAGAAUUUAAUUAUGAUUUAUGUUGUUUUAAAUUCGUGCGUCGUGAGAUACUGUUGUUGUUGUUGUUGACUUGUACAGGCUAGAGACACGGCAAACUCAGGUUUUCUUAGAGAGCACAUGGAGAUUGGGGAGGUGGGUGUCUGACACAAACAACAUUUCCCAUCCCACCCUCUCCUACAAUCUUCUACAAGGUGAAUUUGUGUCAAUAUGGUUUCAGGUUGCUGGACAGUAGGCUAUGUGGUUUUUGGUAUAAACAAACAGGAGCGCAUUACCUCUCUCCCAACCUU